AGUUUUCGUGGUGAGUUGAGUUGAAUGUUUUUGAAUAAUGUUGUGGGACUCCUAUGGAAUGGAAUAAUGCAUAUGAAUUACCUUAUUACCAAGUCUGCCUACUAUGUUGGUUAUUAUCAAUGCUUGCCAUACACACAUCCCUCAGCAACUGUUGAACAAGUGGGAACAGCCGUGAAACGACACCGUAUUGAAAAGAAUUCAUCAGACGCCAGGGCCAGGCCGAACUGUGAACCGGUCCUUCUUCUUCGAUCCGCCGCCAGAAUUGAGUUGCAGGCUCUGUCAAAACCCUCAAUCCGUAAACCCCAUCACUUUCUCUUCAAUCAUUUCAUCGCCAUUGAAUUCGGAAUGGGGUUCGAAAGCUACGUCGUCGUACAUAACAUAGCCAAAAGGCACAACGUUGGCACAUUGGCCCGAAGCGCCACCGCGUUCGGUGUAUCGGAGGUCAUCCUCGUCGGCCGUCGGGACUUCAACGCCUUCGGUAGCCAUGGUUCCACUUCUCACGUCCGGUUCCGUCAUUUUCAUUCACUUCUCGACGCCCGAAAUUUCCUUCAGGAGAAGGAUUGUGAUAUAUGUGGCGUGGAGAUAACUGAUAACGCCGUGGCUGUCAAUCAGCAUCCUUUCAAGAGGAGCACCGCUUUUCUUCUCGGCAACGAGGGAACAGGGCUUUCUGCUAAAGAGUGUGCAAUCUGCGACUUCUUCAUUUACAUCCCACAAUAUGGUGUCGGCACCGCUUCUUUGAAUGUAACUGUAGCUGCUUCAAUUGUCCUACAUCAUUUUGGUGUUUGGGCAGGAUUUCCCGAAAGAUGUCGUGAUGGUAACAAGUUUAUAGUGGCCGAAAGACCAGUAAAGCAAGGCAAGCGGAAUUAUUGUCCUGAAACAGAAGAAUCUAUUGUUGAAGAGCGAAAGUCCAGGCGGGAUAAUGCUUCGAAAGGCUUCUUUGAUGAGGGAACGAUCGAUGAUUCGACAUCCAACCUUCUUGAUACACAAACCACAGCAGACUGCAUGAUUAUUGUAGCUCAUUGCUGGAAGCUGUUCUGGAGAGAAAGGAACUCCUUCUCCUUUGUCUUUAUCUUUUUUAUUCUUAUACUUCGAUAUUCCUAGAAAGUUCGUGCGAUUAUAUUUAGUUAAUUAGCUUGAUGACUUACUUGCCAAACAAAACAUGGCCACAUGGGCAGGGCUGAUUGUGGAAA